GGCUUUUCCUGCAUCUCCUGCGUAGGAGAGCAUGGGAGCGUGGGAGUUUUGCAGUGGCCGUGGCGUUCUUCGUAGUGUUUUGGUAGGGCGUCGCUUUCUGCGGCUCCAGCCUGGCGAGCGCGAGGCCUGUCAUUAGCCUCGGAGCGCUUUGUCUCGUAGUCCCUGUGGCGUCUGGAACAAGGCAUUCCCCACCCCCCAAAUGGCGUCCGUGCCCCCGACGCCCGAGGCCCAGGGACCAAUGCUGUUUGAGGAUCUGGCUGUGUAUUUUUCUCAAGAGGAGUGUGUGACUCUGCACCCUGCCCAGAGGUCCCUCAGCAGAGAUGCCACACAGGAGUGUUUGGAGGAUGCAGCCUUGAUGGGAGAGGAAGGCAAGCCUGAGAUUAAUCAGCAGUUAAGCCUAGAGUCUAUGGAACUUGAUGAGCUUGCCCUAGAAAAGUACCCCAUUGCUGCACCCCUUGUCCCUUACCCAGAAAAAUCCUCUGGGGAUGGAGUUGGAAACCCUGAAGGGAGAAUAUUAAGUGGAACUCCCACAUUCAAGAGAAGGGUCAUAAGCCUUUUAGUUACCAUUGAAAACCACACGCCAUUAGUAGAACUCUCUGAAUGUUUAGGACCUAACACACUUUCUGAAAUUCUUGAUUUUCCCUGGGAAGAAGCCAAAAAUGUGUACAAAUGUCCUGAAUGUGAUCAAAACUUCAGCGAUCAUUCAUACCUGGUUUUGCAUCAGAAAAUUCAUUCCAGAGGGAAAAAACAUAAAUGUGGUGACUGUGGGAAGAUCUUCAAUCAUAGAGCCAACCUGAGGACACACAAGAGAAUCCAUACGGGUGAGAAACCUUAUAAGUGUACCAAGUGCAGUGCCAGCUUUCGCCAGCACUCGCAUCUGUCCCGACACAUGAAUAGUCACGUAAAGGAGAAGCCCUAUACAUGUAGCAUAUGUGGUAGAAGUUUUAUGUGGCUCCCAGGAUUGGCGCAGCAUCAGAAAAGCCACACUGAUGAAAAAGCCUACGAAUCUAAAAACUGUGAUAAAUACUUUGAUGAGAAACCAAAUCUUGCUUUGCAUGAGGAGACAUUAAUAUCAGGCCCCCAGUAUCAGCACACUGAGUGCAUGAGGAGCUUCAGGCAGUCUUCAUAUCCUGCCCUUUCUGAGAAGAGCCAUGCGGAGGACUCUGAACGCUGCAGCAGUGAUGGGGACAAUUUCUUCUCAUUCUCAAAAUUCAAGCCCUUACAGUGUCCUGACUGUGACAUGACCUUUCCUUGUUUCUCUGAGCUUAUUUCCCAUCAGAACAUUCAUACGGAGGAAAGGCCCCAUAAGUGCAAAACAUGUGAUAAAAGUUUUGCUUUGGACACAGAACUUGCAUGCCACCAGAAGAGCCACACGCUAGAGGAACCUUUUAAAUGUACUGUGUGUGGGAAGAGUUUCAGGUCGAAUUUGCAUCUCAUUACUCAUAAGCGAACCCAUAUGAAAAACACCACAUAAAUAUAACAGCUUGUUGUUAGUGAUUGGGCUUUUCAGUAUCUGUAUGGUGGAAAGCAGUUACUGUAUAUGUCCCAGGCAAUGUGCUAAGCACUUUACACGCAUUCCCGUGUAAAACUUAAUUCUCAUCCCAAUCUUGAUUUAGGUAGUACCAUUUCCACUUUAUAACUAGGGAAACAAAAAAUCCAUGUCUUAAAGCUAGUGAAUGAACCCAGGAUUUGAACUGAGUUACUGUUCAACUAUGAGCCAGAAAAAGGUAGAAAACUUUCGUUUAACUUCAAUUUUUAUUAAAAUGAAGGCUUUUGCUAGAGUUCUUUUAAUUUUGUUUACAUAGUUUAUAACUUUUAGAAGGAAGAGAAUUUAUUUAUAUUUUGCCAGUUCUGCAGAUAUAAUAUUUAGGAAAGUAAAUGCUUUUAUAUGUUUUAUACUUUUUUUUUUUUUUUGCUAUAACUAUUUGAAUGUAAUGUUUGUAUAAGAUUGCUGUUUUACAUGUGUAUUCCCGUAGGAGUUUAGAAGUUUUUUUCUGUCCUGUAAAAGUUCCCAAAUGGGUAGACUAGUUUAUAUCUUGAUGGCCAUUAGUAGCCACAGAGUUCCCUAUCAUAAUUCUGAUGCCAGGGGCAGGUACUGGCAUUUAGGACCCAAAUGUUUGCAAGAAGUUUUGGUGGAGUCUAACUGUAGCCCUUUUGUGGAGCCUGGACUUGGGGAGGGGGAGGAGUACUUGCUCCUUUCUAAGAUUACCUCUAAAUCACUACCUAAGCACAUUACCUGUCUUGCUAUGAAUAAUUGUAAUUGUUUCUCAGUAUGGUAGCUACUUUAGGGAUAUUAUCUAAUUUAAUCUUCAGAAUAAAUCUGUGACUGAGAAAAAAAAUACUUGUUUCAUAAACGAAACUGAAGUCUUCAAAGGGUAAAGUGAAUGCUUUGCCUAGCACACAAAUCACAUUGUGGUGAAGCUGACAUUAAGCCUGGGUCUCUCUGACUACAAAGGCCAUGCAGUCCAUGAGCCUACAUCAUUUAUUGGCAUUUGUACCACAUAGUAGCACUGCAGGCUGCCAGGGAGAGGGGCCCUGAGAUAGGUAGCUGAGGUUGGUCAUCAUGGAGGCGGUUCUGCGUGCUCGCAUCCUAGAACCUUCAUUCUCUUUGUGAUGUACCCUGACUUAGAUAUACAGUUAAAGAGCAGCAGAAGACUCUCCAGGACUUCGAGUUUGAACUCUUGUCCCUGUAAUCAGAUAAGAGAUUUCACACUUCGCAGAGUACAGUUCUGAAGGUCUUAAAUAGGGUUUGUUUGUUUUUUUAAACCUAUAACAUUUCCUCUCCAUCUCCAAAGAAAAUGCAUAUAAAAAAUUGUUAGAUUUUAACCAAAAUACUUGACAAUAUAUAUUUAGAUACUGCUAUUAUAGAUAAAUAUUGGAGCAAAAUAUUGUUAAAUAGUAUGGUUAUUAAUGUUAAAGAACCGCAGAAUGUUGUAAAUACACAUUUAUAUAGAAUUUCUCAUUAAAGUUGAUUGUAUGCUUAUCAGCAAAACAGUAUUUACAUGGGAUUUGAUUAGGAUGGAAGAAUGCUUUCAUUCUACUUAAAUAAACAGUAUAAAACUGCAAUAUUUGCUAAAAUUGAAUUGUUUCUGGAAAUUCUAAUGAGAAAAGAUAAAAGACUCUUGAAGACUAAUUGUAUGGAAGUUAGCAGAAGGUGGUCCUACAGAACAGCAGAUUGAAGACUCAAUAUACAAAAAGAUGCUGGAUACUCAGCUAAGCUCUUACUACGGAGUAGAGGCAGGAAGAUACUGUUCAGGUCAGAGGAAAACUGAAACCAACAUCCCCAACCCAGAGAGUUUCUCUCUCUUUUUGUCAUUCUUGUCUUGUUUCAUGUUUGCAGAUCCACAGUUGAGACUAUGUGCUGCUCUGUAUGUCAGGAUCAGACUUGGCUCUUUGUUUCUGAUGUCUCCACUCUUAGGAGACAGGACACUGGCUUUCAGGUUUCUCUGAAAUGCUUUGAAAUGUGUAGAAAGAUAGUCUCGAGUUAGGUUUCUUAUUAGCCAAUUCUGAGAUGUCUUGAUCUUUGUUAAGUAACAAGAACACCACCUCCUUGCUCUCCUGCUUUUGCCCUCAGUGGGAGAAACUGGCAGGUGCCUCAGCACUUACCGAGGACUCUAAUAUUUCAGUCAAUGAUCUAAUGAAGAGUCACAGGAUGGGGGAUGAAAUUGGGAAAGAGGUCUGGAUUAGCAGAGUUGCUGCAGAAAGAAGUAGAGGGGCAUAUCUUAGAAGACACUUAGACAGAGUUGGGCUGAUAUAAAAGAUGGAUGCUGUCUUUUUUUUUUUUUUCUCCUAGAAAAUACAGCAGAAAGUGAGAACUUGUCCUGUUCUACACCUAUGACGGAAGUUUGCCUUUCCACAUGAAUCUUUCCUUCACAAUUAACCUCUCAUAUUUUGGAGUUUUAUUUAUUCUCCACAUUUUGGAAGAUUAUGACAAACUUCCCUAAAAAUUAGAAAAAACACCACUUCUCAGAAACAUUAACAUACAUGUGGGUAUAACUAAAAUGGCUUUUUGGUAUAAUACUAUUAAUGAUUGGCAUGCAGAAAAAAAUGAAAAAAAAUCCCUUAAGUGUCAGUUACUGUGAAAUAGGUAUAUUUUCAGUUGUUUGCUUGUUGUGCACUUGUACUUAAAUAAAUUUGCUGGAUGUAAUUCAAGCUGGUUUGCCCCCAGGGACUUGAAGGAAAAGAUGUAUCUGCUGGUGAGAUUCAGGUUUUUUAUGGUGAUGGCUUUUUCUGCCUUCUGUUUAUACUGUCAACUGAUGUAGAUAAAUUCCAUAAAAUUGUCAUUAACUCAGAGAUAUUAGCCUACCAUGUUAGGUGCGAUUCACAAAUACUGGAUAAAAGUUAAUCUAGGAAUGAAAAACUAAAUGCAAGAGUUUAUUGCUAUAAUGAUGGGUUAACUGCAUUUUGCAGCAUGGAAUUCAACACACUAUGAGAGUGAAAACUUUGUGCUGAAGAAAUUGACUCAGACAAAUUUCUUGGCUUUUGUUGUUGAUGCAAUGAUGAAAAUGUGUAUCUAACAGUUCCUUAAUAUGAUUGCUGGAAUAUUACAUUCUGUUAAACAGUUAUUACAGCAUUUUUCCAAUGGAAUUCAGAUGUCAGCAGUUUACAUUUUGUAAAUUAAGAAAUUGUGGAAUGUAGUUGUUGUUUUUGAAUGAGGUGGACUCAAAAUAGUUUUAUUUAGAGCUUUGUUGCUACAGGUGGCAGUCUAUUGACAGCUCCUCAUUUAACAUAGAAAAUGACUAACCCAAUAAUUCAGGGAGCUAAAACUCAGUAAAUGCCAUUUUGAAUCUUUGUCUCCUGAGUUUCCAUAUAAUUAAGUGGCUGCGUUCAAGUGACUGCAGCAUAAGACGUCAUACAGUCUGAAACUGCAGAGUUUGAUCAAAGUAAUCUGCAGUUUACUGCCUUUGUGUACAACAGGAGACAUAGCAGGUUAUAGUUUAAAUGAAUAGUCUAUUUUGAAUGUUCAUAAAACUUGUUAUCCCUGUGGGAUUUCAGUAGGAAAGUGUUUUUGCCUUGACCAUCUGUUUAACAAAAUGAUCUUCAUUAGAAGUGUAUAUAUUCAUCUGUUUUAGUUUUGUAGUUCAGGAGGGCUAUUGAUGUGAUUCAAAGAUGACCAUUACCCAUCUUUCCGACGCCCAUCUACGUAGUAAAGGUGUUUUGUUUUUUAUUUUGAAAUUGACAUUCCUCUUUGCAUUAAGUCUGUGGGGGAGGGGGGAAUACAAUAUAAAUAUUCAUCUAUGUAAACAUAAGAAUAUGCUGUAAUCUCUAGUUACUUUGGAUACCUCAGAAGUUUGUUUAUUGUAUACGUUUAUACUGUUUGUUUAAUGUUUUGGUUUUACUGUUUUUGACGUAUUCUCAUCAGUCUUAGCUCUAUAUUGUAAGCUCUCAAGUUAUUGAUCAUGUUUAUGUGCAAUUUGGCAUCUAAUAAAUGCUAUUUUAUGAUGA